AUGCAAGUUAUCUUUUUUUUUUUUUUUUAAUUACAAGAUAUCGUAAGUAAGAUUUAGUUUUGUAUAAUUCCAAAUAAUGUCAAUAGAUGCAAGUAUAUAUGUGUAAUUAAGUGGUUAAGAUUCAAUUAAGGCUCCAGCUGGUAUCUCCUAAUGAAAACAAUCUAGUCUUUAGUAUGGGAAAACAAUAGCUGCUCUUUUUGUCAUAACUCAAAAAAAACAGGACAAAAUCAGAUAUUUCUUUCCGUUAUUGUCCGUUUCCCAUUUGCAGUGUUUUUUUCUUCCAUUUGACAGUUAUAAUUCAUUUUGAGUGUUUUGAAGAAUAGUUUGUUGUGCAUGUGAAUAACAACCAUGAUAUAACCAUUAAGAUAUUUUCCAUAGAUGGGUUAGGUGAGAUGCAUUAGGUUAGGUUAGGAUGGGUUGUGCCAGGCUAGGUUAGGUUUGGUCAGAUUAGGUUAGGUCAGGUUAGGGUAGGUCAGGUCAGGUUAAGUAAUGUUGAUUUUGGUUUAGAUUAGAGAUAUAAAUUUAUUAGUUUGGUUUAGUCUUAGAUUAGAGAUUUUGAUGUACGUUUGGUCAGGUUAGGUUAAAAUUAGCUUGGCUAGAUUUUAGAUUUAAUUUGAUUUGGUUUAAGUUGAGGCUGGAUUUACGUUGUCACGUUAGGCUAGUGUCACACGAUCACGAUGUUAACUCUGCGCCUCCCGACGUCAGGCCGCACGCCGACGGUUUAGGAAUUUUCAAAACCAUCGGCGCCGUCCCCGACACGUCAGUCACCCGUCGGCAGUAAGUCACGACCGUUGGUGUCCAUCUCAACAACGUUUCGACUAUGGUGGUAACGUAAUUCUGGCAACACGACAUUUUCUAACGUCUGGAGGCGUCGGGAGUCAAGAUCGUGAACGUGUGACACUUAGGUAAGAUUUAGUAUGGUUAAGAUUUGUGAAGUUGUUUAUUUAUUUAUUUAUUUAACGAUAAGUAUCCGUGAUGUGCUUCGCGCCGCGCCUUUGUCGUCAGUCCCUGGCGGCGAGGCGCGGGUCGAAGCCGCCCGCUGAGGCGCGUGUUCUCCCACACACUUCAUGGCUGUUUUCACACGUGUUUCAUCUCGGUACUCUUUCCUGUUGACUUCGAGGAGGCUCAAAGAAUUAAGGAAAACUUUUUAUAGACAGUGAAAGAAAGAAAGACAAAAAAAGGAAAUUAGAUAGGAAAAGAAAAGAAGGAAAAGAACAUAAAAAGAAGCAGAAGGAAAAGACAGGAAAAAAAUAACUUAGAAAUAAACGAAAAAGUGAAAAGAAAAAAAGAAAACAAAAACAAAUGUGAAAGAAGGAAAAAAAAAAGAUAGAAAUUGUGAAAAGAAAGAUAGAAGAGAAAUUUAAAAGAAAAAGAGGAAAAGAGGAAAAAUAGAGAAAAAAAGACUAGUGAAAGUGACUCAUUUUCUCUCCCACUUUCAUUUUCUCUCCGGUGGUGAAAAGUGAAAGUGAUGAAGAUGGUGAUGAAGAAAUGGUGAUGAAAAUGGUGGUGCUUUUUAUCAACUAACCACCACAACCACCACAACCACCACCACCACCACAACCACCACCACCACCACCACCACCACCAUCACCUCCACCACCACCACCACCAUUUAAAAGUCCCAGAAGCCCAUCACCACCAUCACCACCACCUCCACCACCAUCACCACCACCACUAUCACCACCACCACGAGGAAUGAGGAGUGAGGGGAGGGGAGGGGGAGGGAAUGAGGGUGGAGAGGAGGGAGAGGUAGUCAUCCCCUCCUCUCUUCCCCUCCUUUCCCUCCAGUGAGAGGAGAGAAAAGCCCCUCCACCCCCUCUUCCUCCUCCUCCUCCUCCUCCUCCUCCUCCUUUUUUUCCUCCUCCAAUCAUGAGCUUCUUCCACCUCCUCCUCCACCCACGUCGUUUCUUCCUCCACCUCCACUUCUUCCUCCUCCUCCUCCUCCUCCUCUUCCUCCUCCAGUUGCCUCAUCUCUCCUCCGCCCUAUGGCUUGGUGAGUGUGGCCGGGCCCUGGGCAUGGAGAGCGGUGCCAUCCCUGACGAGGCCAUCUCCGCGUCCUCGUCCCAUGACCUUAUCGUGGGCCCGCAGAACGCCAGGGUACGCAUGGAGAAGGAGGGCGGCGCGUGGUGUCCCAAGGGCCAGGUAUCCCCGGUGUCGCGCCAGCACCUUACCGUGGACCUGGGCGCCGUGCAUGUGGUGACGGCGGUGGGGACCCAGGGGCGCUUCGGGAACGGCAAGGGGCAGGAAUAUACCGAGGCUUACAUGCUGGAGUAUUGGCGGCCGGGAAUUGACUCCUUCAUCGUCUACAACAGCGGCUACGGGAACGAGACGUUCUCAGGUAACAUCAACACUUACCUGGAGCAGCGUAAUCAGCUGGCGCCGCCCCUCCUGGCCAGCAAGGUGCGCUUCAUACCUGUCUCCAGCCUCCCCAGGACCGUGUGCCUCAGAGUAGAGCUUUACGGGUGCAACACUACAGGUGGACUCAUUAGCUACGAGGGUGUGGACGGGCAGGUGAGGGAUCCGGGCUUCCAGUUAGCCGAUGACUCCUACGACGGUCUGGAGAGUCCCGGCCUACUUCGACACGGCCUGGGACAACUUUACGACGGAGAGCUGGGACGACCCCUCAACCAGCUCCAGCUCCAGGCGUACGGCAGGGGCAAGGGCUGGGAGUGGGUGGGGUGGUCUCGUCGUCACCUGGAGGACUUACCGCUGUCUCUCACCUUCACCUUCGAGAGCAUGAGGAACUUCUCUAGUCUCGCCCUGCACGUGUUCUCCAGCCCUGAGUAUGAGUAUUCGCUCCCUUCCAAACUUGAGGUCCACUUCGGCGACACCAACACCACCAGCUUCCACGACCAGGUGUUGAGUUCCCCCUCCUCCUGGCCCGGCUCCCUCCCCCCCGGCAGCCACAACCUCACCCUCGACCUUCAUCAGCGCACCGCCAGCAUCCUCAAGGUCAUCCUCCACUUCCCAGGCCCGUGGUUGGCGCUCAGUGAGGUGUAUUUCGCGAGUGAGCCGUGCACGUGCAACCUCACCACCUGGAACACGGGCGAGACAUCUUCCCCAGCGGAGCACACGGCCGGGCGACGAGACGAGCCCAGGGACGUGUCAGCUGUGUCCGCCGUGCACGCCCACACCCGCGCGUACAUGGGCGUGGUCAUCGGCUUCGUGGUGGGCGUGUUCGUGCUAGUGGGCGCCGGGCUACUCAUCUACGUGCGACGCCUCAGAAAGAAGAAGUCAUCACCCCAUGUUCUGAAGGGGCCAUUGAGUGACUCCCCUUCGGUAGCAUAUGACCUCAAGUCCCUCAGAAUGGCUACAUCGUUCUCCGGGGUGAGUGGGGUGAGUGGGGUGAGUGGGGUGCCCGGUGGAGGACCCUACGGCGCUGUCCCUGUCCCUGAUGAAGAAGGAUCGCUGUACCAUGAGCCAUACAAGAACUUCUCCGCUUCCGAGUACAGUGUUGCCACCAUCGGGCGUCACCUCAGCGACUACGGCAAAGAUGGGGUCGUGAAUGGGGUGGUUAGUGGAGGUGGGGGUGGUGGGGAGUAUGCGGUGCCGAUUCUCUCCACCCCACCGCCCCCCUUCAAUACGGCGGCGACCACUCCUAUAUCAGCACCUGCCCCCUUCACGCAUCCCUCCACCCCGAUCUCGGCAGCCCCCUCGAUGUAUAGCUCACCAGGGCCCGCACCCCCUCCCGCGCUUCCCCCCGGGGGCUUCAACACCCUCAUGCGUCUGUGCCCCGCCCCCCCACCGCCCCCCGUGCCGCCCCCCUGGAGAAGUACAGCUCACCCCUCGAUAUGUAAGGGCGUGUCCGUGGUGGGCCCGUGCGGCGUGGCUCAGUACCGCAUCGAGGGCAUGAGCACGCUUAAGCCGCGCAGCCCUAAGGAACUGGCUAGGCAGGCGCUCUCCUACACCGAUAAGCUGGGCGAGGGGGACUUUGGGACGGUGCACAUUGGGGAGGUGCCGGCGUCGGUGGGAGAGGCAGGAGGAGGAGAAGAAGGAGGAGGAGGAGGAGGAGGGGGAGGAGGAGGAGGAGGCUUACGGAAGGGGGGAAUGAGACAAGUUGUGUUGGCCUCGUUAAAACCUGAAGCCAAUCCUGAGGUGCGCGAGGAGGGGUGGCGCCAGGCCCAGCUCCUCGCCACGCUCACGGAACCUCACCUGGCUGGUCUGAUUGGGGUGGUGAGCCGUGACAACCCUCUCGUGCUAGUGCUGGAGUACCUGCCGCUGGGGGACCUUAACCAGUAUCUGAGGCGCCACGUUCCAGACACCACAACCCCGAGACUCAACCACAUGAGGCCUAUCAGCUACGGGUCUCUCAUCUACAUGGCGACGCAGGUGGUGGCCGGGAUGAAGUAUCUGGAGGCGCAUAACAUCACCCAUCGAGACCUCGCCACUAGGAACGUGUUGGUCGGCCAGGGCCAAAGCGUCAAGAUCACCUGCAUUGGGUCCUGUCGCUCGCUCUACGCCGGGGACUAUUACCGCAGCGAGGCGCACUCCAGCCCGCUACCCGUGCGCUGGAUGAGCUGGGAGGCGCUGUUCCUGGGUAACUUCAGCAGCCGCAGUGACGUGUGGUCCUUCGGCGUGACCCUGUGGGAGAUGUUGACACUGGGUCGGCAGCAGCCCUACGAGACGCUACCAGACGAGGGGGUGAUUGAGAACCUGGCGCACUACUACCACGAUGACGGCAUGGAGGUGCACCCCAGCCAGCCCGCCCUCUGCCCCAAGGAGAUCUAUGACUUGAUGCUGGAGUGCUGGCGGCGGAACGAGGCGGAUCGACCGAACUUUCGCGACAUGCACGUUUUUCUCCAGCGCAAGAACCAAGGAUACUGCCCCGAGGCGUGAAGGAUGCGGUGGGUGACUCUCUACGACAAGGACAACCAGGUACUCCUUCAGCGCGUCGGGUAAAGGAUGCGUAGGAGGUUACCUGGCCUUACCUUCUUACCUGUGGCGGGCGGACCCUUACCUGGUGUGACGGAGAUGCGCAUUAAGACCACGAGCAUGUAAAUUUACCUUGACUACCUGGCCUGAAACGGAGAAGAAGAAGAAGAAGAAGAAGAAGAAGAAGAAGAAGGUUGAUUUUGGUGUAGGUAAGGAAUGAGAGAGAGAGAGAGAGAGAGAGAGAGAGAGAGAGAGAGAGAGAGAGAGAGACAGGUGUGGUCUAACUUCUAAUUUGGAGACUUCACAGGUAUCGAAAGUGAAAGUGAGGGAAGUUAUCGUGUGUGUGUGUGUGUGUGUGUGUGUGUGUGUGUGUGUGUGUGUGUGUGUGUGUGUGUCCCAAGUUUGUUUUGGUCAAGAAAAUUCUGUUGGUGAGGAUUUUUCUUGCUAAAGGUUAAGGAAGGAUAUUUUUUGGAAAGUUAAGAAGAAGAAGAAGAAGAGGAAGAGGAAGAGGAAGAGGAGGAAGAUUAUGCUCUGGACUCAGGAAAACCAGGCAAGUAUAUUUUUUUGUCCUGCUUUUGAGAGAGAAUGAAAAAAACAAAAAUUAAAAUACAGGUCCUUUGAUUAAGUGUGUGUGUGUGUGCGUGUGUGUGUGUUCAGGUGAUGGUGUUAAUUAGUGAGCAGGUAAAGGUGUGGUGAUGAUAGUGAUUUGGUGAUGAUGAUGGUGAUGAUAGUGACGUGGAGUAUAGUGAAAAAGACAUGAGUGGAAAAACAUGGAUGGAAAAUAAUAAAAAAAAUGAUGAAUAGUGAAGAUUAGAAGUGAAAUAUUAAAGAUGGUGAAAAAAGAGAUUACAGUGAAGGAAUAAUGAGAGAAAAAAAAACUUCCUUCCUGUGUUAGAAAAAUAAAAGAAAACCAAACAUGAAAGAGAGCAAACAAAGAAUAGGGAAUUACAUUGUUUAAAGUGAUUGACAGUGAAAUUGAAGAUAGAGAAGGGAGACAAAAAAAAAUACAGUGAAAGAAGUGUAAUCAAAUAUUGCGUGUGAAAAAAGAAAAGGUUGAAAAUUGAAGAAAAAAAGUAGAAAGUGAUAUUUGAGUGAAGACAAAGAUGAAGAAGAAAAUUGAAAGAUGAAGAAAAAUAUGCAGUAUAGUGAAGAAACAAUAUAAGUGAAGCUUGUGUUAGAAAGAGAGAAGGUUGAAAUUUGAAGAAAAAAGGAGAAAGUGAAAUUUGAGUGAAGACAAAGAUGAAGAAGAAUAUUGAAAGAUGAAGAAAAAUAUACAAUACAGUGAAGAAACAAUAUAAAAAAAGCUUGUGUUAGAAAGAGAGAAGGUUGGAAAUUGAAGAAAAAAAGCAGAAAGUUGAUUUUGAGUGAAGACAAAGAUGAAGAAAUAAAUUGAAAGAUGAAAAAAAGAUAUACAGUAUAGUGAAAAAAAACAAUAAAAAAAAGAAAAGGUUAGAAAUUGAAGAAAAAGCAGAAAGUUGAUUUUGAGUGAAGACAUAGAUUAAUAGUGAAUUGAAUGAUAGUGAAGAAAAUUAAACAGUACAGUGAAGGAAUAGUGAGAGUUUUCCAGUGUAUGAUGCCUUACUGUGGUGAACAUGGACGAAACCGAAAGAAUAGUGUCUUGAUAUAGUGAAGAAUAGAGAUAUUUUUAACGGAGGAAAGUUGAAAGAUUGAAAUACCGGUAGUUGAAGGAUUGCAGUGGAAAGAGGAAUAGGGAUUGAAUGAUGAUGAUGAUGAUGAUGGUGAUGAAAGACAAUUGUGACGACUGAUUAUUUUUUGAGGUGAUGUGAAGAUGGUGAAAAUGAUGAUGAUGAUGAGGAUGAUGUGAUGUUGAUGGUAAUGGAAGGUUUUUUUUUUAUAUAUAUGACAGAUGAAUGGUUAUAUUUGUUGUUGGGAAAGGAAGACAUGUAAAGAAAGUAAGAUGAUGAAAAUAGUGAAGAUAAAGAACAGAAAGAGAAGUGAACGUCAGGGAAAGAAAGAGAGAUGAGAAAUAUAGAAAGAAAAUAAAGAAAGGAAGAAGAAAAAGGAUGUGAAAGAGAAAGGAAAAGAAAGAAGGAAAAAUAAAUGAAAAAAAAAGUUGCUCAGCAGUGUUCACAAAAACAACAAACAAAACAAAACAACCAAACCAAGAAGCAAACAAGCAAGCAAACAAACACCAUUCCUUACACCAGGUCAGGUCGGGUCAGGCCAAACGCCAGGUCGGGUCACGCCUCCCACGGGUCAGAGGUCAACAAUGUCACGGGUCACUCGCCAAAAAUCUUUCCUCUCUAACUGAAACCAAAAAUCAAAAGAAAAGAUCGAAAAGAAAAUGAAAAAAAUCUUGUGUUUAUUGUAGUAACUUAUUUUCCCUCUAUUCUCACGCCAGACGGGAGGCUCAAGGCUGCGGCACCAGAGGGCGGCGCUGCCCGGCUCGGCGGCUCGAAGAAAACGGGAAACAGUCGUCGUGCUCAUUAUAGUGACUUAUUUCUCCCCUGCUCUCCCGCCAGGUGGGAGUGUUUGGAGCCGCACCGCCAGGCUCGUCCACUGGGGUCCUCAACUAUAUAGGGGAGAAUUCCCCGUCAGGGGGGAAUUUCAGGGUUGCAAGGGGGGGACUUUGGACGGGCAGAUUUAGGCAUUUUGAAUGCUGACCUUUUUAUGGCCUUCACGCUCCCCGGGGCGGCACAACGCGCAGCAGCAUGCACCAGUUGCCUGCUGCCGCGGCCCACCGGACCGUGUGCCACAAGCUCCUGAACCGUAGGGUUCAAAAUAGCUCACCUAUAGACGGGGCUGCCACACUUACGCUCUCCCCGGGCCUCCUGCAAUGAGUUCCCCCCACACCCCAGCGGUAAAGGGACGCCUCCGCGCCCCCUCCCGCAGGGGAGGUGUGGCUCAUGCUUUGGAGUCAGACUCUCUUGCCAAGGGGAAUGGAAUUCUGACACACGGUGACGAGGGUGCACCGGGCAACAAGGGUUGACAACCAUGGCUCGUACACUCGGCUGGUUCAGCCUGCGGCCCGUCAGUGGCGCCAUCUGGUGGGGCAGCCUUGACCGUCCUUCCCGCGGAACGAAAACAUGUGCCAAAUAAUCUAGACGUCUGUGGAUGGUCAAGUGAACGUCCACGUCGGUGUUUACGUCGAAUCAAAACUCAUGUGUCAAAAAAUCUAUGUGUCAAACUUGUGUCAAAAUAUAACUUUGUGCCAAAACUAUCUCGUGCCAAGACGUGCCGAAGUGUUUACCAAGUGUUCACCAAGUGUGUCAUCAAAUGUCUUUACUAUUUACUCAUGUAUUUUGGGCUAUGAUGUUUACAGUGUAUCCAGAUGUGUUAUUAUUGUUAUUAUUAUUAUUAUUAUUAUUAUUAUUAUUAUUAUUAUUAUUAUUAUUAUUAUUAUUAUUAUUAUUUUGUGUUGUUAUUGUCUUCUCUUCCCCUUUUCCUCCUCUCUUCCCCUCUCCUCCACACCUUUCGUAAUGUUUAUAGAUUUAUAUGCAUUUUUUCUCAUUAUUUGCCGCUACUUACAUCUGUUAAUUCAUUGUUUGUUUAUUUAUUAUUUUACUAUUUUUUAUUCGAAUUUAAAAGCAUAAGUAUUAUACAAAGAAAUUGAUACUUUUAAUGGUGCUUAUUCAAUAUCAUUUCGGUGCCAAAUAUAAUAAUGAUAAUAAUAAUAAUAAUAAUAAUAAUAAUAAUAAUAAUAAUAAUAAUAAUAAUAAUGAUAAUAAUAAUAAUCAGGACUACUAAUAAUAACUGUACAUGAACGAAACUAUUUAUUAUACAUAUAUUUUUAGGAUAAGAUGAAUGUAAAAAAAAGAAAAGAAAAUAAACGCGAACGAAACGAAACAAAAGAAGAAAACAAAGAAAUAUCAAUCAUUUUUUUCUUUAACAAAUUACGUGAAGCAAAAAAGAAGAAAAAGAAAAAAAGGAAAGAAAAGAAAAAUGACGAAAUGAAACAGAAAAAAGAAGAAAAAAAAAGAAAAUGAAGAAAUGUUAAUCUUUUUUUUCUUGAUCAUUCCACGUGAAGACAAAAAAAAGAGAAAAAGAAAAGGAAGACAAUAAACUUUUUUCCUUAACAAUUCACGAGAAGACAAAAAAGAAGAAAAAAGAAAAUUAAGAAUUGUUAAUCUUUUUUUUAUCAUUCCACGAGAAGAAAAAAAAGAUAAAAAGAAAAGGAAGACAAUCAACUCUUUUUUUUCUUGAACAAUUCACGAGAAGACAAAAAAAUGAAAAAGAAGAAAUACUAUUUUUUUCUUUAAUAAUAUAAUUCACGAGAAACAAAAAAAAAAGAAGAAAAGAAAAAAGAAAAGGAAAGUAAAACAAAUCAACUGUUUUCUUUCUUUAACAUUCCACAAGAAGCAAAAAAAAAAAAAAGAAAAAAAAAGAAAA